AUGGAGAAUGACUCUCAAGCUUUCCUCGAACAGCUGGGAGGUGAAGAUGCCACAAACAUCCGCGAAACCGCCACAGGUUCCCGCUACUCGCAUUCCCAAGCCCGGGGCCGUGGGGACUCAGGAAGCGGCCGAGCGCCCAGCGCCCUGCACCCGGCUCCGCUGCUCCCGCCCCGCAAACCCAGGAGGGGAGGAGCCGAGGAAUCGAAAGAGAAACCCGGGGGAGGCGGGGGCACUGGCGGCCGCCCGGCGCGGGGCGCGGGGAUGGAGCUGCGGGCGCUGCGGCGGUUCUGGCUGCUUUGCUGCUGCUGCUGCUGCUGCUGCUGCGGCGGCGGCCGCGGCCUCCCCGCGGACCCCCGCGCCACCCUCACGGCGACGGAGCCGCGGAGCCGCGAGCGACAGGCAGCCGCCUUCCGGGAAAGCCUUAAUAGACAUCAGUACUUGAAUUCUGUAUUCCCUCAUGACAACUCUAGUGCCAUCUAUGGAAUAAAUCAAUUUUCUUAUUUGUUUCCGGAAGAGUUUAAAGCUAUUUAUUUAAGAAGUAAGUCUUCCAGAUUGCCCAGAUACAGAACAGAGGUGCAAACAUCCAUACCCAAUGUAUCUUUACCAUCAAGAUUUGACUGGCGGGACAAACAUGUUGUAACCCAAGUGAGGAACCAACAAACUUGUGGAGGAUGCUGGGCCUUCAGCGUGGUGGGUGCCGUGGAAUCAGCAUAUGCAAUAAAAGGGAAGCCUUUGGAGGACCUGAGUGUACAGCAGGUCAUCGACUGUUCCUAUAAUAACUACGGCUGCCAGGGAGGCUCUACUCUCAGUGCUUUGAACUGGCUGAAUAAGACGCAAGUAAGACUGGUGAGAGAUUCAGAGUACCCAUUUAAAGCACAGAAUGGCCUGUGCCAUUACUUCUCUGAUUCACAGUCUGGAUUUUCGAUCAAAGGUUAUUCUGCAUAUGACUUCAGUGACCAAGAAGAUGAAAUGGCAAAAGCACUUCUUACCUUUGGCCCCUUGGUAGUGGUAGUAGAUGCAGUAAGCUGGCAAGAUUAUUUGGGAGGAAUAAUACAGCACCAUUGCUCUAGUGGAGAAGCAAAUCAUGCAGUUCUCAUAACUGGAUUUGAUAAAAUAGGAAAUACUCCAUAUUGGAUUGUGCGGAACUCAUGGGGAAGUUCAUGGGGAGUAGAUGGCUACGCCCAUGUUAAAAUGGGAGGCAAUAUUUGUGGUAUUGCAGAUUCUGUUUCUGCUGUAUUUGUGUGAUAUGUUGGGAAGAUCAAGGGACAGCAACAAAAAUGAAGGUUCAUAAUGAGAUGUAGCAAAGAACUCCAUUCCCAGCACUGUUCGCCUUCAGGCCACUGGCUCCAUGGCCUAGGAGGGCUCUGUGUAACAGUUUCUAGACCCUGGGAUGAAGGUCACUUUAGGAAUCUCUUCAAUUUGAAGAGGAUUUUAUCUGGCUUGAUUGUUGUUUUUGUUUGCCUUUAAUGAUAUACUUCCAGUAAGAUUAGAGAGGAUAAGAAUUUCUUAUCCUCUGUACAAUAUCAUCACCAGCCAUAGCUUACAUUGAUAUACAAAAAUGGUCAGCCUGGAAUAAGGUGUGCUUCUCACAGUUAUCAUCACAGCCCUCGGAGAUGGAAUUUCUUAAAGAUUUUGAAAGGCCAAUUGCUUUACCUCCACAAAAGAUGCUUACCCUUGAAACAGUCGAAAGGUCAUAUAGAAAGCAACAAAAGGACAAAAACCACUUUUUAAGAGAAAUUGAUUGAAAUUAAAGGACCAGUAUGGUGACUGUGUGGGAGGAAAAAUUCCAGGAGCAUUGCUUGAGAGAUAAAUUACUAUUUGGAAAAUUUUGUUGUCAAUAGGCUUCCAGGAGGGUGUUAUUUCUUCCUUUGUCCUCCCUGUAUUGAGGAGGAUGCCUCCCACUCUUUCUUCUUGUUCUUUACUGUAAUGCUCCUAAACAUUCCAGGUGGUUUGGCUUCCCUGGCUAAAGAAGUGUCAUUUUUCACUUUCCAUUUCUAUUUUAUAAUCAUUUUCUUGGCUCCAUUUGCCUCUAAGCCUUUAUCAAAUCAGGAUCUUACUUAUCUGUUCCUCCCCUCAUUCCUAGGCACCACCCCUUUCAAAGCCCAAGCCUAGCAAUCUGGGCUAUCAGUCAAACUGACUUUCCCAAUCUGUCUGUUUUCCCACUUUUCUGCUUGCUUUUCUCAGACUCCCAUACUAACCACGUUUUUGUGUAUCCUUUUGGCUUCUACGUGGUUCCGGUUCUCGAUGCCAAUGUUUUCUUUAGCAGAAGUCAUCAUGUGUGGGUGUGUGACAGAGUAAGAACCUCAGAGCAGAAGAGCUGAUCUUCUGACUAAAUAUAAGUACAAUAAGUACUUAUUCAAUAUUCAAUGGAUUCAUGUAAGAAAAUAAUGAAAACAAAAAUUUAAAUGUAACGGCAACCACUAAAAAAAUUGAAGCCCUCCCAUUUUUCCUCUCAUUUUUGAGCUUUGUUUAUCUAUCCCCUUUAUUAGAAAGUGAAAAUCAAAAACAAAACACUGUAUUUCUUUGUUUUACACCAACCAGAAGCAAUCUCAAAAAAAAUACUGUUGACUCAAAUUUAGAAAUGUUCCAGGAAGAAAAAUAUUGAUAUUCUGAUUAAUAUUUUAAUUAUCCAAAUAUGUCAGAAGGGGACUGUGUGCUGGUUGUUUUAGCUUGUAUUUAUUUACUGAUUUUUAUACACUGUAAGUGCUUUCCUGAUACUCUUUUUCAAAUGUUAAAGACUUUUUAAAUUACAAAAUGAUUAAUACCUCUUAGCUGUUCUGGAUUUUGAUGACAUUUAUAAUAAAACAACCUAUAUUUGACUUUGAUUGAAGUAGACUCUUGAUAAGAACGUGACCUACAUUUUGUGAACAGUGUUAAUGUGCUUAAUUCCCAUAAGCUUUUCUCAGUUCCAAAUCCAUAUAUUCAAUUUUUGGUUGUCUCUAUAGACACCUGAACCUCAAUGUCUAUAAAAGUAACCCCUUCGCUUCCCCUCUUCUAAAAAAAGCAGAAAAAAAAAAAUAAAAAGAAAAAGGAAAAACUUA